AUGAGUUUGGUGGCCUAUUCAGGAUUUGUUCAGACGAAGGGGGCACAGUUUGUGUUAGACGAUUCCCCUUUUAUAUUCAAUGGGUUCAACGCUUAUUGGAUGAUGCACGUUUCAUCACAGCCAAACCAAAGGGAGAAAGUGUCGAAUGUAUUCCGAGAGGCUGCAAAUGCUGGUCUCACUGUGUGCCGAACGUGGGCUUUCAGUGAUGGAGGAGAUCAAGCUCUUCAGAUAUCGCCCGGAGUUUACAAUGAAUAUGUGUUUCAGGCACUUGAUUUUGUAGUUUCAGAAGCUGCCAAGCUAUCGUCACAAGACGAUGAUACCCAGAUGGUAUUCAUGAGAAGAUGGAUGACAAGCCACUGGCGAGACUCCAAGACCCUCUUGAGAAAACCGAUGGUUUUCACCGAAUUCGGAAAGUCGUGCAAAGAUAAAGGUUUUAGUAUAGCAUCAAGAGAUGAGUAUAUGAACGCAGUCUAUAGUAGCCUCUACAGUUUUGCGAGGGGUGGAGGGAUUGGUGGGGGGUUGGUGUGGCAGAUUCUGGACGUGGGAAUGGAAUCUUAUGCCGAUGGGUAUGAGAUUGUACUUUCUGAAAGUCCAUCGACAAGCUCGAUUAUCAACCAGCAGUCGAGGCAGAUGACUGCUCUACAACACAUGAUGAGCAAGCCAUGA